AUGGCGGAGACAACAUUCGCAGGGUUACCCGUGUAUCCCGUGGCAAGAAUUGAUCAGUUCCGAGCCAUGGAGCCAGCUGUGUUCCAUGAGAAAGAGCUUGUACUGGACACCGCUAGGUGUCGCCAGCUUGUUCAUCAGCUCAAGCGCGAGCUCAUGCUGGGGAUCUCUGGUGAAGGAAUACAUAUGGGCGGGGACGGGCCGCUUACGUUAUUCCAAAUAGGAACUUUUCACGGAAAAGUCUAUAUCUUUGAUACUCUUGUAAACUUGGAGUUAUUUGAUAAAGGUGGUUUGCGAUUUCUCCUGGAAUCUGAGGAUAUAUUGAAGGUGGCGCACUCGUCCUGUCAUCUGAGUGCUGCCCUCUUCUACCAGUUCGCAGUGAGACUGAGAAAUGUCUUUGAUACUCAGAUUGGACAUCUACUGAUAGAAGAGGAUCAUGGUCGCCGUCUUCCUACCAGGAUGAAUAUAUCCGAGGUGUGUCAGUGCUAUUCCGAUAGCAUGCAUCCAUACGACUGGCGAGCAGACGUCAAGGAAAUGUGGAUGUCGCGUAUAGGGGGCUACUGGUCACAGCGCCCUCUUACAGAUGAAAUGGUAGAAUACGCAGCAGGGGACGUAAUGGCAAUUAUACCUGACGUUUAUAGGAACCAGAUGGAAUAUAUUGAAAAGCACAGCUUGAUGAAAAAGUUCAAAGUGCUUGUCGAGGAAGAGAUCCUCAGUGAAAUUAAUGAGGUUGUGAAGCAGCUAAGAGGAGAAAGGAUCGAGAAACAGGCACAUCAGGUCCUUAAGGAGAUCAGUGAGAAAUACGAGGAAGAUUGCGAUAUUUUUAAUCUCUUCACGGAGGAUGAAUUUCAUGCAUUGAUGCUUAUCCCAUACUCCGACGCUGAUUCAAUCUCAUCCAAAAUUGUCAAAUUCAAGACAAGAAUAGUGGAACGAGAAUUAGAGGAAAUUGAGAAUGAUUUAAGACUCAAACAAGAUUUGGUACGGGCAAGGCCUCUAUUAGACCUGGAUCUGCAAUCGUACGAGGUCCAUCCCGACGCCAAAGUUCGCGUGAAAGCCAAGGACAUUCGGAAGGAACUGCAUCAGACGAUUCUUACGUCAAUCGGAAGGAGGUAUUCCGGGUUAGCUUCUCCUCAUAUCAUGACCGAGACUGAACGUCAAGCUCUUCGUUCACUCCGUCCGAAAUCAGAAUUUGACAACUCGAUAGAUGGUAUCGUGCUUGCCCUGCACUGGCUUGUCAUAGACUUUGACCUGGAACAGGCGCUGUUUAACAUCAAAUAUGGGAACCCCGAAUACAAGAUUACCGAGGAGUUUGUCCAGAGAGUUGAGGAUUACGUGCUAAUAGAUUCUAAAGUAUCAGAUGGGCUCAAACAAAAGUCUAAAAUGUUCCUGAAAUUAUUGGAGAAAAAUGUUGACAAAAUAAUAGCAAAGGAAAAUCCAAACAGGAAGGUUACAUUUAAUGAAAAUACUGGAUUUUAAUUGGUGGAAUUGACUGUUGUCGCUUAUGUCUCUCAGAAAAUCUUGAA